GAGAGAGACUCUUAUUUCACACCAGUUACCAAAGUCACCAAACUUGUUUGUCCACCAGUCUGCAUAUGUGUGGCUACUGAAAGGACAAGCUGAGUCAAGGAUCUGUUCCCGACACCUUCAGUCAGCCUGCCAGACCAGCUGCAACAACAUCAGAAAGCAGGCAGUUCCAGGAACCUGUGUGACGAUGACAUUCCAGGGACUUUUAGCUGUGUGGACUCUCUGUCUGGUUUGUGUGAGAGGCUGGGAUGCUCCAUGGUUCUGUCAUGGGUACGACUGCCCUGAGUUCACAGAUAUUCAUACCAAUGAGGACUUUGAAGAACGCUUCUACAACGCUUCUCAUUGGAUCACCAUAGACGUCGCCAUCCCUAACAAAGAGGAAGUUAAAAAAGCGCUUUGGACACUCUAUUAUUACAGCAAAGGAGAAAAUGAAGAAAAGGCCAAUGUAGACCUGCCAUGGCCUAGGAUUAUCCUGGUGGAGGGGGAUGGCGAUGAGAAACAUGGGUCUGUGUCCUGGCCAGUUCCUCCAGAAACCCAUCUGCCCAAACCUAAUGAUGCCACCAUCAAGGAGACGGACAUACCCGCUGGCACAGUUUAUGUCAGGAGCUUUGGUGGGGUGGCAUCUGAAGCUGAUGCCUAUGAUAAUGUAGAUCAUCUGAAGGCUUCUCUUGAGGCUGCAGGGAAGAGUUUCAACCCAGAUAGGUUUUUGGCAGCUGGGUAUGACCCCCUCAUACGACUGUUCAACAGACACAAUGAGGUCUGGCUCUUUGCUGACUAAGAGACGCUGCACUAUAAAUUCCUAAAAUGUUAGGCAAGGAAAGGUAAAGAAACAAGACUUCAAAGUAAGUUUAAUCUAACUGUUUGUGGUUUGUGACUGCUAAAUAAAACACUGUCAUUCAACAUAGUAGGUUAUCUAAAAUGAACACUGUAGUUGUGGUUUCCUUAUAUCAGCAUUGCCAGUCAUGCUGACUUACUAUGAUGUUCAUUAUGGAUAAUAAAAUGAAUCUCCUUGAAA